AGUCAGGUUGUUCUUAUUAAGUAGAAACAGAUCUCUUGCACUACAUCUAUUUCACACUUAAAUUUUGUCUUCAUUUAUUUAUUUGUACUAUUUGUAUUUUUUCUGUUCUAUUUGUAAAUAUUAACCAGGCAUCUGUGUGUGGAUAGCAAAGAAAGAAUUUCAAUACACAGAGAAAUACUUUUCUUUGUACAUAUGACAAUAAGCGCUUUAAUCCUGAAUCACUAAAGACAGUUUUUAAUAUGCAAGAUGACCUGAUGAUCGUCUCUGCAGUUGUUAUCACUCUCUGCAGGUGUUUGCAGUCCAUAGCAGUAGUGCUGCUGUACCAUGCAGUGAUGCAGCUGGUCAGUGUGCUCUCCACAAUGCAGUCUCUAAGCGCAUCCACAGAGUUUUGUUGUGUCAAAAAACUGGCAGCGAGGACUGAGUUUAUGAUCUCUGAGCUAAACUUGCAAAACUCUUAAUAAUGUAGCGAGAACACAUGGUUCAAUACAAAAAUGCUGGAGAUGCAGCUUGAAGUGCAGAAAAUAGUCUGGAAUGAAGUAAUGGAAACGACAAAGCUAAUGAUAAUUAUUCUUUUUAAAUUGAAUAAAGUAAUUCUCUUGAUUUCAUGCUGUAUUAAUUGUGUUUCAGAUUGUUUUAGUUUCAGGCCUGCUUCUGUGUAGUCAAAGAAUGUGAGCAGCUUGCAUAGAAAGAAACGUGGUGACCACAAGAGACCCAGACAUCAUGGCUCCCAGCACCAUGACAACGCCUCAAACAAGAAUCGGAAGAUUCACAUGGAUGACAAACAGUACAGCUGUGAUCAAUGCCCGUCCACUUUCGCUCGACUACAGACUUUCUUAACGCACCAGCGUGUUCACACAGGAGAGAGACCAUACAGGUGUGACACAUGUGGGUCAGCUUUCACUCAGUUGUCUCAUCUGAGGAGGCACGAGCGAAGUCACACCGGGAAGAAACCAUACAGGUGUGAUCAGUGCCCGUCCACUUUCAAUCAACUAAGUGGUUUCUUGAGCCACCAGCGUGCUCACACAGGAGAGAGACCGUACAGCUGUGACACAUGUGGCUCAGCUUUCACUCAGUCGUCCCAUCUGAAGAAGCACAAACGAAGUCACACCGGUGAGAGGCCAUACAGGUGUGAUCAGUGUGGUCAGACUUUUACUCUGAAAUGUAGUCUAAACACUCACUGCAUACGUUUGCACACAGCAGAGAAACCAUACAGCUGCGACCAGUGUGGUAAAAGUUUUGCUUUGAAAUUUUCCCUGAAAGUCCACCAGCAAAUCCACACCAGAGAGAGUCCUCCCUGGUGUGAGGUGUGUGGAAAACCUUUUUCCCACACGUGCUCCCUUAAAAAUCAUCAAAGAGUUAUCAUUGGAGAAAGGCCGUACAGCUGCGACAAGUGUGGGAAAAGUUUCAAGCAGAAGUGUAUUUUACAAAAACACAGGAAAACUCACACUGGAGAGAAGCCAUACAGCUGUGAGGAGUGCGGGCAGAGUUUCACCCGCCCGUGCUCCCUGAGGAAACAUCAGCGUAUCCAUACCGGAGAAAGACCGUACAGCUGUGAUGAGUGUGGGAAAGCCUUCAGUCGGCAGUUCAGCCUGACAUGUCACAUGCGAAUCCAUACAGGAGAAAAACCAUACUGGUGUGAGGACUGCGGGCAAACGUUCCGUCACAAGGGCACCUUCAAACAACACCAAGAACAACAUCAGAACAGGGCAGAGAACUUGAAGCCGGGAUCAGCAGAAGCCUCUUUAUAAAGAACAUUUUCAUGUUUCACAUAGAAGAUUUUCAGAUCUUCUUCCUUUUUAAUGUCUGCAGUGGAAUUCCAUAUGAGUUUGUUCUAUUGUUCAGAACAUCAUAAACACAUUUGUGUGGUCUGCUUGUUGCAGUGUGCUGCUGUGAGGGGAAAAAAUGCUGAGCAACAGAAAUGAAUAACUUUCUGUUACUGUGAAUAAUACCUUAUGGGAGAUUUAAAAACAAACAAACAAACACCCAAUUAAAGACGACAAACAUUUAUUUAAUGUAGGCACAGAAAAUGAGACUGACCAGAACCCACCUCCACAAACUUGCUGUAAAACCAGAGGAGAAGAUGUCCUCAGGGAUCCACAGACCACCAGGAGCUGCUCACAGUUCUACAUAUCGGGCAUUUCAGAGCCCCAAUCAAAACCCUUUGCUCCUGUUAGGACGAUAAAUGGCACACUUCUUCUUUAAGGAUCACAAACUUGUGCUUCCUGUAGAAGCUGCGCUGAUUCUGCCUUUUUCUGAAGCUAUGUUGUUACAGUGCUGAACCACUACCUGGGGGAAAAAAACCUAAAACAAAGUAAAACUGCAUUUGUUUUACUUUUUUUUUCUGCUGCAAAGUAGAGUUUGUUUCCUUAUCAGGGCCUGUAAAAUGAAAUCAUUAACCUCAUUAAUGUUUAUUAUAAUGUUUGUUGACAAAAAAAUAAAGUGAUGCGAACCAGUCUGGUCCUUUCUGUAAGUUUCAAAGAAAAUAAACGAAAUAUCUAAACAUG